UCUCUCUCUCCCUGACUUUCUCUCUGGUUUCCUCUAUUGGCCCCUACUUGUUCUUGGUCUCUGGUUUUCGUUUCAAAUUCCUGGGCUUUGGGCAGAAUUCUUGCGCCCUCUCCUCUGAACUGAUUUCCUAUUUCCAGAAUUCUCUUCUGAAGCAUAAGGACGAGGAAGAUGACAACCAUGGAGAGCUUGAUUGGUUUGGUUAACAGAAUUCAGAGGGCAUGUACCGUCCUCGGCGACUAUGGCGGCGGUGACAACACUUUCUCUUCUCUCUGGGAAGCUCUUCCCUCCGUCGCCGUCGUCGGUGGCCAGAGUUCUGGAAAAUCUUCCGUUCUUGAGAGCAUAGUUGGAAGAGACUUCCUUCCUAGAGGAUCCGGUAUCGUUACGAGACGGCCUUUGGUGUUGCAGCUUCAUAAAAUGGAAGAUAAAGCAGAUGAACAUGCUGAAUUCCUUCACCUUCCCAAGAGGAAAUUCACCGAUUUCUCAUUGGUUCGCAAGGAGAUUCAGGAUGAAACAGACAGAAUCACUGGCAAGACUAGACAGAUAUCUCCUGUCCCCAUUCACCUCAGCAUAUACUCUCCAAAUGUUGUGAAUUUGACCCUUGUGGAUUUACCUGGUUUAACUAAAGUUGCCGUUGAGGGACAGCCCGAAAGUGUCGUUCAAGACAUCGAAGCCAUGGUGCGCUCAUACGUUGAAAAGCCCAACUGUAUAAUACUAGCUAUAUCUCCUGCCAACCAAGACAUAGCCACUUCUGAUGCUAUCAAGCUUGCAAAAGAAGUAGAUCCAACAGGUGACAGAACAUUUGGUGUUCUGACCAAGUUGGAUUUGAUGGACAGAGGAACCAAUGCAUUGGAUGUUCUGGAAGGAAGAUCAUACAGGCUGCAACAUCCUUGGGUCGGGAUCGUGAACCGUUCACAAGCAGAUAUUAAUAAGAAUGUAGAUAUGUUGGUCGCGAGACGGAAGGAACGGGAGUAUUUUGAGUUCAGCCCUGACUACGGACACUUAGCCAACAAAAUGGGUUCGGAAUAUCUUGCAAAGCUUCUAUCUAAGCAUUUGGAGUCGGUUAUUAGGGCUCGGAUUCCGAGUAUCUUAUCCCUAAUAAACAAAAGCAUUGAAGAACUUGAAAGGGAGUUAGAUCAUUUGGGUAGGCCUGUUGCUGUCGAUGCUGGGGCUCAAUUAUACACAGUCUUGGAGAUUUGCCGGGCGUUUGAUAAGAUAUUCAAAGAGCAUUUGGAUGGAGGGCGACCUGGAGGUGAUCGUAUCUAUGGAGUAUUCGACAACCAGCUUCCGGCUGCUCUGAGAAAACUGCCUUUCGAUCGUCAUAUUUCCUUGCAGAAUGUGAAGAGAAUUGUCUCGGAAGCAGAUGGGUACCAACCUCACUUGAUUGCACCAGAGCAGGGCUAUCGACGCCUAAUCGAAGGGGCCCUGAACUAUUUCAGAGGUCCAGCCGAAGCUUCUGUGGAUGCGGUUCACUUUGUGCUGAAAGAGCUUGUCAGAAAGUCGAUAGCAGAAACAGAGGAGCUGAAGAGGUUUCCGUCUCUGCAAACAGAGAUAGCUGCCGCAGCCAACACUUCAUUGGAGAAGUUCCGGGACGAAAGCAAGAAGACGGUUGUCCGGCUGGUUGAAAUGGAAGCUUCUUAUCUAACUGUCGAGUUCUUCCGGAAGCUUCCACAGGAAAUGGAGAAACCUGGACCGGGAGCCGUCACUGCCACGUCACCCACAACAGACAGAUAUGGUGAUGGUCAUUUCAGAAGGAUAGCGUCCAAUGUAUCAGCGUACAUAAACAUGGUAUCAGACACUCUUCAUAACACCAUCCCCAAGGCCGUUGUCUGUUGUCAGGUCAGAGAGGCAAAACUCUCGUUACUCAACUUCUUCUACUCACAGAUUGGCAAGAGAGAGAGUAAAGAGUUAGGACAGCUACUGGACGAGGACCCGGCAUUGAUGGAAAGGAGACUGGAGUGCGCAAAGAGGCUUGAGCUAUACAAGAAAGCUCGGGACGAGAUCGACUCUGUUGCUUGGGCUCGAUGACUCGGUGAGUGUUGCAGUAAUAAUAGGCCGGGUGAGAUUCUUUGCUUCUAUUCGAGGUUUCUUGUGACAUUUGCUUGUAUUAUUCUGCUAUGUCUUUGUAUUUAUCAGAUCUUUCGAGACAGUUUCACGCAGAGGAAUCCGGUCUUAUGAUUAUUUUUUUGCUUUGAAUGCUGAGGGUGUUGUAAAGUUUCUGUUGGGAAAGGAAACUUUAUCACUGCUGUUACAACCACUUGGCGUUUAACAUUCGGGAAUGUUGACUGCGUGCCGUUUUUUUA